UGAACUCAGAAGCACUGAACUUUUUCCAAACUAGGCACAUGUGGCAGAGAUGCGAUUGGCUUGAGGAAUGGAGUCCUCUAAAAGUUGGAUUGAGGGAACUUUCCUCAAGAGAGAAUGCAUGAAGUUCCUUCCAGCAUCCAAAGACACUCACAGAUGUUCUACGGUUUGUCAGGUGUGCCAAAAUCUUAUCAGGUGCUGCUGUGGGAGGCUGAUAGGGGAGCACUCAGCGUUCCCCCCGAGACGGCUGACCCUCUCCCAGGCAGAGGUGGAGCAGGAAGCUGGGGAGUGGUCCGUGGAGCUCCAUACCCAGACCAGUCCCACAGACGCCUACGGCUCCAUUGACUUCCAGGACAGUGCCAAGAGGUCAUGCCGGGCCAAGUACGUACGACUGUCAUGUGACAGUAAGGUGGAGCAGCUGUCCCGGCUGAUGCUGUCGGAGUGGCAGAUGGAGGCUCCAAAGCUGCUCAUCUCAGUACAUGGUGGAGCCGACUGCUUCCCACUUGCUCCCAAGGUGUGGCAGGCCUUUGGCAGGGGACUCAUCCGAGCAGCAGAGAGCACCGGGGCCUGGAUACUCACCGAUGGCAUCAACACAGGUGUGUCCAGGUAUGUCGGUGAGGCAUUGAAAGAGUAUGGCACCCACAAUCUACGCAGGAGGAACACUGUGGGCAUCACCUCCUGGGGGGGCAUUGAGAACCACACCGACCUCAUAGGCAGAGAUGUGCUAAGGCCUUACCAGGCGGUGGGGAACCCUCUGAGUAAGCGGGCGUUCCUGAAUGGCUUCCACUCCCACUUCCUGCUAGUGGAUGACGGCACUGUGGGAAAGCAUGGCGCCCAACUGCCACUGAGGAAGAGACUGGAGCAUCACCUGCGCUCACAGAAGAUAGACCCCCGACUGUGCCAGGGUGUUCCUGUGGUGUGUGUGGUGGUGGAGGGGGGUCCAGCAGUGCUCCUCCUGGUGCUGGAGUACGUGAAGAGCAGCCCUGCUCUGCCCAUCGUGGUGUUCGAGGGUACGGGACGGGCAGCAGACCUGCUGGCAUUUGCACACAAGCAGACACAAGGAGACAGGGAGAUGGGUCAACAUGUACAGGAUGAGCUGCUUCUGAGGAUACAGGAGAUGUUCAGCAUGGGGCUGAUGGAGGCCACAGAACUCUACAACACCCUCACACAGUGCAUGGAGCACAGGGAAGCUUUCACAAUUUUUGACUGUGAUGCAGAGGACCACAGGGAGGCAGAUGUUGCCAUUUUGACAGCUGCCUUGAAAGGCAUGAAGGCCACACCCCCUGAGCAGCUGAGCAUUGCGCUGGCCUGGGACAGAGCCGACGUGGCCAAGAAACACAUCCUGGUAUACGGACAGCACUGGCAGGUGGGUUCUCUAGAGCAGGCCUUGCUGGAUGCCCUGGUGAUGGACCGUGUCAGUUUUGUGAAGCUCCUGAUUGAGAACGGGAUGACGAUGAACCGCUUUCUAACUGUAGCUCGCCUGGAGGAGCUUUACAACACCAACCAGGGUCCUGCGGAUAACUUCCUUCAUCACUUAAUUGAGGACGUCAAAAAGAGCCACCUCCCCGUGGGUUACCGGGUCUCCCUGAUAGACGUGGGCCUGCUGCUGGAGUAUUUGAUUGGCGAAGCCUACCGUAGCGCUUACACACGCAAGAACUUCAGAGCCGUCUACGGUCGCCUGUGUGCCCAGGGGGCCACUCCACCGAGUUCCAGCCACUUAGUGCACCAAAGAAGGGGACACUGCUCCUCUACACCACCCUCAGCCCACCGGACACCUUUCUUUCGCACUGCACAGCCCUACAAACACAAGGAAAAACCUGGUGCCCCAUGCGAACAGAAGGUGGGCCCCAUUAGCAGUAGCAGUAGCAGUAGUGGCAGCAGCGGUGGUGGCGACCUGGGCGAGCCCUCCCUCUACGUCUACAACUUCAACGACCUGUUUGUGUGGGCCGUCCUGAGGCGUCGCCAACAGAUGGCGCUCUUCCUGUGGCAGCACGGGGUGGAGGCCAUGGCCAGAGCGGUGGUGGCCUGCAAACUCUAUCGCAGCAUGGCGACUGAGGCACGAGAGUCAAAUAUGGCCGACAGCCUGGCAGAGGAGCUCAAGAACUAUUCCAUUGAGUUUGGCCAGCUGGCGGUGGAGCUGCUGGACAAGGCGUUUCGUGAGGAUGAGCACAUGGCCAUGAAGCUGCUGACGUCAGAGAUGAAGGACUGGAGCCACUUCACCUGCCUGCAGAUGGCCGUCUCCUCCGGCCUCCGAGCCUUCGUAGCCCACACCUGCACACAGAUGCUGCUCAACGACCUGUGGAUGGGGAGACUGAACAUGAGGAAGAACUCCUGGUUUAAGAUCAUCCUGUGUAUCCUAGUGCCAGUGUCCAUUCAGCUGCUGGAGUUUAAGAGCCAGGCGGAGAUGUCCCACGUCCCCCAGUCGCAUGAGGCUCUGCACUUUGGACUGGACAGCCUCGACCGCAGCCUCGACUCCGACAACUCACUAGAUACCACCAUCACAGGCUACGAUGCAGAGAAGGCAGCAGGGUGUCAUGGCAUCUGCACUGACUGGCUGCAGUGGAUCAGGAAACUGUAUGACUUUUACAACGCCCCUGUCGUCAAGUUCUGGUUCCACACGAUGUCCUACCUGGCCUUCCUGAUGCUCUUCUCCUACACAGUCCUGGUGAAGAUGGAGGAGCAGCCCAGCGCUCAGGAGUGGCUGGUUAUCGCCUACAUCUUCUCCACGGCCGUAGAGAAGACCCGAGAGGUCCUGGUGUCAGAGCCGCGUAAGGUGAGCCAGAAGCUGAAGGUGUGGUUCGGUGAGUACUGGAACGCCUCAGAUUUCAUCGCCAUCCUGCUCUUCCUGGUGGGCUUCCUGUUGCGAUGGCAACCGUCGCUCCUGGCGACGGGCCACAUCAUCUACUGCCUGGACAUCAUCUUCUGGUUUGUCAGAGUGCUUGACCUGCUAGCCGUCAAUCAACAGGCUGGGCCUUACCUCACCAUGAUCACCAAGAUGACCAGCAACAUGUUCUACAUUGUGGUCAUGAUGGCCAUUGUGCUGCUGAGCUUUGGGGUGGCUCGUAAGGCCAUCCUGUCCCCAGACGAGGAUCCCUCCUGGAGGCUGGCCAGAGACGUUGUCUUCCAACCUUACUGGAUGAUCUUCGGAGAGGUGUAUGCCGGCGAAAUAGAUUCAUGUGCCAGUGAGAACGCCACGUGUGUACCUGGAGCCUUCAUCACUCCAUUCCUGCAGGCCGUCUACCUCUUCUUCCAGUACAUCAUCAUGGUCAACAUCCUCAUAGCCUUCUUCAAUAACGUCUACUUUGACAUGAAGUCCAUCUCCAAUAAGCUGUGGAAGUACAACCGCUACCGCUACAUCAUGACCUAUCAGGACAAGCCGUGGCUGCCCCCGCCCCUUAUUCUAGCCAAUCACAUGGCCCUAUACGUCAUGAGGAUCUGCAGGAGGACCACGGGCACUGCGGAGCAGGAGAGAGACUCUGGUCUCAAGCUGUUCUUGGGCCAUGAGGACCUGAAGAAGUUGCAUGAGUUCGAAGGGAGAUGUGUAACCAGGUAUUACUUUGAGAAGAAUGAAAACCAGCACUCCAGCCAAACCAGCAGGAUCUGUUCCACAGCAGAAAAGGCCGGAGAGUUGUGUGUGCUGCUGGGCGAGGUGAAUGAGAAGGUGCACCACAUCCAGGGCAGCAUGCAGACGGUGGACAGCCAGCUGGGGCAGCUGCAGGACACCUCGGCCCUGGCCGUGGACACACUGAGCCUGCUCACAGCCACCGGCGAUCACCACCAGAGGGCAGUGUUGUACAGCCUACACAGCAGGCCCGUCAGCAGCAACUCCAACCUGCAUCAUCCUCACAGCUCUCUUCGACAGCAAGAGAUGCUGAACAGCUGGUGCCUGUCCAGGGGUGGCAGUGCCCCCCCCAGCCGCUACCUCCUGGCCCAUAAGCCGCACAGCAGCACCCCUCCCUCACUCCUGGGGGGUGUAGGGGGGUAUCGACAGGCUCAGGCUCUGCAGUGGCACCCCCACAGGCCCAGAGAUGAAGAGGAGGACGAUGAUGAGGGGGCCAGGAAGGUAGGUGAAGGGCACCACAGUGAGGAGCAAUGGAGGUCCAAGAACCCCCCUCCUCUUUCUUCACACACCAGGACACUGCCACACAGGGAGGCUCUUGGCACAAGGCCCCGAAGGUUUUCCCAUGAUUCCUUGCCUCACUUGAGCGGAGUUGGCAGUGGUGGUGGUGGUGGGUGGAGGGAUCGGACUCCCCUGGGGUCCUGUGGUCCAUCGCGAGGCCACGUUCCCAGCGCUCCCAGGAACACCCAGGAUUCCCCCGAGGCUCCCGAGGAGCCGCAGCCCAAAUCCUGGCACCAGGAAGCCCCACAACACCACCACCACCACCACCACCAGCACCUCCCUCCCAGCCAGGAGCAGUCUCCUGAUGAGUUAGACGAAGAGGAGGAGGAGGGGGAUAGGGGCCGAGAGGAGGUGGAGGAGGGAGAGGAGGAUGUGGACAGCUCGGUCCAGAUGAGCUUGUCCAGGACCUCCAGCCACGAGCUGCUGCUGCUGGACUCCCCUGCCCACCGGCACCGGCUCAUGGGCCUGGUCAACCUGGGCUUCAGCGGAGACGACGAAGUGGUGUCAGGCCCAUCUGGACACAGGCAGCCCAGCCGCAAGUUUCCCCGCUGGAUGUAUCGCUUCCGUCACAGCCGCUCGCUGUCAGCCAGUGUGGAGAACAUGGCCUUCCCAGGAGGGCCCCCAAACCCCCCACUGUACCCAGCCACCGGUGCAGCGUGCAGGGCCACUGAGGACUCUGGGAUGGGGUAUGGCUAUGGGGACCAUGGAGGGAACAAAUCUGCAGCAUUAGAUCAGAGCAGAGAACUGUCCAAGUCUGCAGACCUGAGUGAGUCUCUGGAGGAAGAGAACAGGACCUGUAGCAGGAAGACUGUGAAAAUCCAGGAGAGAGCAGAACAUGAGAGAGGAGUGCAUCCUCCCUCUUCAGAAGCCUUUGCAAGAGCCAGAUGCCGUGGGAAAGCCACUGCUUUACAAAAAUCCUCAACCUCUGCCAGCCUUUCACAACUCAAUUUUGACCACAUGGAUGUCUUGCAGAGGUUUGUUUACUCUAUUCAGGACACAGUAGGUUCUAAUCAGUCUCUUCGGGGCAGCUUAGCAAAGUUGAAUAGCCGGAGGUCCUCGACUCAAAGUGGCGUUAUAUCUGAGACUUUAGGUAGAGGAUCCACAUUCCAGUCCACCGAGGAUCUGCACCCACAUUACUCAGCAAUGGAGCGGAAUAAUUUGAUGAGGCUGGCCCACAACAUCCCGUUCACGCCUUUAUCUUUAAUAGGGGGUGAGAUUGUGACCAUUUACACGCUGGAUGAGCGUGAGGUAAAGACCCACACAAUGGGCCGGGAAGGAUCCUCUGGGAGCAGCCGCUACCACAACAUCAGCAUGUCCUCCUGGUCCCCUCGUGGCCUGGCAGCCAUCCUGCAGCCCCUGUCCCACGAGGGAAGCCUGGACGGGGGCCUGAGGCAGGCCCACCGGGUGGUGUGCACCUGGGCUGAGGAAGGGGUGCUGACGCCGGGCUUGGUGUACGUGGUCAAGGCCUUCCACCCGGAGGUGGUGCGCACCUGGCAGAGGGUGUUCCGCAGCAACACAGCUCGGGACCUUUGCAUACGGGAAAUUCAACAGCAGAGAGCAGCCCAAAAGCUCAUGCAUAUCUUCAACCAGUUAAAGCCUCAAAGCAUUCGGUACUCUCCUAGGUUCCUGGAUGUGUCCCUGGUGCACUGGCAGUCUGAGGAUGAGUGGCUGACCAUCGAGCGCAACAUGGCGGGAGAGUUCCGCAAGUACAGCAACAACACGGGAGAGGAGAUCACCCCCUGCUGUUCGCUGGAGGACACGGUGCUGGCGUUCUCCCACUGGACAUACGAGUACACACACAACGAGCUGCUAGUCCUAGACCUACAGGGGGUGGGUCUUGAACUCACAGACCCCUGUGUAGUCAGAGCAGAUGACAAGAGCUCUUCUGAUGACAUGGUCUUUGGGCCAGCCAAUUUGGGCAGUGAUGCCAUACAGAGCUUCAUACAUGAGCACAACUGCAACCCCUGCUGCAAAAAACUCAGGCUACCAGAUGUGAGGAGGCCCACUCAGGGAGGAGGUGAAGAGGGGGAAGAGGAAGAGGAGGUGGAAGAGGAGGAGGAGGUGUCUGAUGCAGAAAGUGACAUCAUCGUGACACGUAUGUGACCUCCGCAAGAAAGUGGCAGAGGAAAACUUAACUUCAGGGAGGAGGAAGAGGAGAACCUGACUGAGGAGGAGGAAGAGCAGGAAGAAGAAGAGAACUUGUCUUUUGGGGACAGUGACAUCAUCGUGACUGGCAUGUGACCUCUGCAAGAGAGUGAGAGGAGACGGCGCGGGAGAAGAAAAGUUCAUCUCAGGGAGGAGGUGGAGAUGAGGAAGAGGAUGUGACAAAGAUGAGGAGAAAGAUCAUGAGGAGGAGGAAGUGGCUGUGGGGACAGUGAAGUCAUUGUAACUUUAAUUGUGACCUUCGCAAAACUGAGACAGAAGAAAACUUAAUUUCAGAGAGAAGGUGGAGAGGAGGAGGAGGAGGA